AUCUGGGAUUUUUUUUAUUACAUUUUUUUUUUUAACUACACUUGGGCUCCUUUUUUGUGCUCGACUUUUCCACCCUUUUUCCCUCCCUCCUGCGCUGCUGCUUUUUGAUCUCUUCGACUAAAAUUUUUUUAUCCGGAGUGUAUUUAAUCGGUUCUGUUCUGUCCUCUUCACCACCCCACCCCCUCCCUCCGGUGUGUGUGCCGCUGCUGCCGUUGCCGCCGCUGCUGCUGCCGCUGCUGCUGCUCGCCCCAUCGUUACACCAACCCAAGGCUCUUUGUUUCCCCUCUUGGAUCUGUUGAGUUUCUUUGUUGAAGAAGCCAGCAUGGGUGCCCAGUUCUCCAAGACCGCAGCGAAGGGAGAAGCCGCCGCAGAGAGGCCAGGGGAGGCAGCUGUGGCCUCGUCGCCUUCCAAAGCGAAUGGGCAGGAGAAUGGCCACGUGAAGGUAAACGGAGACGCUUCGCCCGCGGCCGCCGAGCCGGGCGCCAAGGAGGAGCUGCAGGCCAACGGCAGCGCCCCGGCCGCGGACAAGGAGGAGCCCGCGACCGCCGGGAGCGGGGCGGCGUCGCCCUCCGCGGCCGAAAAAGAUGAGCCGGCUGCCGCGGCCCCCGAGGCAGGGGCCAGCCCCGCGGAGAAGGAGACCCCGGCCGAGGGCGAGGCCCCGGAGCCCGGCUCGCCCACGGCCGCAGAGGGGGAGGCCGCCUCGGCCGCCUCCUCGACGUCUUCGCCCAAGGCCGAGGACGGGGCCACGCCCUCGCCCAGCAACGAGACCCCGAAAAAAAAAAAGAAGCGCUUUUCCUUCAAGAAGUCUUUCAAGCUGAGCGGCUUCUCCUUCAAGAAGAACAAGAAGGAGGCGGGAGAGAGCGGUGAGGCGGAGGGCACAGCCGGCGUCUCCGCUGAAGCGGGCAAGGACGAGGCCGCCGGGGGAGCCGCUGCGGCCGCCGCCGAGGCGGGCGCGGCCUCCGGGGAGCAGGCGGCGGUGCCAGGCGAAGAGGCCGCCGCGGGCGAGGAAGGGGUGGCGGGUGGCGACCCGCAGGAGGCCAAGCCCGAGGAGGCUGCUGUCGCGCCUGAGAAGCCGGCCGUCAGCGAGGAGCCCAAGGCCGCCGAGGAGCCCAACAAGGCGGAGGAGAAGGCCGAGGAGGCCGGGGCCAGCGCCGCCGCCUGCGAGGGGCCCUCAGCCGCUGGGCCCGGCGCGCCCCCGGAGCAGGAGGCGGCCCCCGCCGAGGAGCCCGCGGCCGCCUCCGCCUCGUCAGCCUGCGCAGCCCCCUCACAGGAGGCCCAGCCCGAGUCCAGUCCAGAAGCCCCCCCAGCGGAGGCGGCAGAGUAAAAGAGCGAGAGUUUUUGAGAUAAUCGAAGGACUUUUCUCCCCCGUUUGUUUGUUGGAGUGGUGCCAGGUACUGGUUUUGGAGAACUUGUCUACAACCAGGGAUUGAUUUUAAAGAUGUCUUUUUUUAUUUUACUUUUUUUUAAGCAGCAAAUUUUGGGUUCUUUUCCCCCUCCCCCACAGAUCCCAUCUCAGAUCAUUCUGUUCACCACCAUUCCAACAGGUCGAGGAGAGCUUAAACACCUUCCUCUGCCUUGUUUCUCUUUUAUUUUUUUUCUUUUAUUUUUUGCAUCAGUAUUAAUGUUUUUUGCAUACUUUGCAUCUUUAUUCAAAAAUGUAAACUUACUUUGUCAAUCUAUGGACAUGCCCAUAAAUGAAGGAGAUGGGUGGGUCAAAAAGGGAUUUCAAAUGAAGUGAUAGGGGCCACAAUGGGGAAAUUGAAGUGGCGCAUACCAUUGCCAAGAUAAUGUGCCACUAGAAAUGAUGGUGUAAAGGCUUAGUCUUUUUUUUUUUUAAAGAAAAGUUAUUACGAUGUAUUUUGUGAGGCAGGUUUACAACACUACAAGUCUUGACUAAGGAGGAAAGAGAAAAAAAAAAAAAACACCAAUACCCAGAUUUUAAAAAAAGAUCAUAGUCUUAGGAGUUCAUUUAAACCAUAGGAACUUUUCACUUAUCUCAUGUUAGCUGUACCAGUCAGUGAUUAAGUAGAACUACAAGUUGUAUAGGCUUUAUUGUUUAUUGCUGGUUUAUGACCUUAAUAAAGUGUAAUUAUGUAUUACCAGCAGGGUGUUUUUAACUGUGACUAUUGUAUAAAAACAAAUCUUGAUAUCCAGAAGCACAUGAAGUUUGCAACUUUCCACCCUGCCCAUUUUUGUAAAACUGCAGUCAUCUUGGACCUUUUAAACACAAAUUUUAAACUCAACCAAGCUGUGAUAAGUGGAAUGGUUACUGUUUAUACUGUGGUAUGUUUUUGAUUACAGCAGACAAUGCUUUCUUUUCCAGUCGUCUUUGAGAAUAAAGGAAAAAAAUCUUCAGAUGCAAUGGUUUUGUGUAGCAUCUUGUCUAUCAUGUUUUGUAAAUACUGGAGAAGCUUUGACCAAUUUGACUUAGAGAUGGAAUGUAACUUUGCUUACAAAAAUUGCUAUUAAA